AUAAUCCUAUAUACAUUGUAUUGAUUGUAUUGUAUUUAGUAUCUAUACGGUGUAAUUACAGUUGAUAGAUCUGGCAUUGUGUGCAGGAGAGAUUUGUUCUCACGUGACCGAUUUUUUUCAACGAUUUUUUUUUUCUUUUCUUUUUUUGCCAGAGAGUGACAAGACAGCCAAAUCAAAUAUCAAUGACAGUUACAACCAACGAACUAGAUAGAUAGAUUGAAGAACCAUAACUACAAUUACUACGACUCAAGAUGGUGUUGGCAGAUUUAGGGGCUCGACUCAGAGGAGCACUUUCAUCGGUGGAAUCAGGUAGUGAUGAAGAAAUCAAUCAAAUGAUUAAAGAUAUUUGUUCUGCGUUAUUAGAAUCAGACGUUAAUAUUAAAUUAGUGGUUAAAUUAAGAGAUAAUAUUAAAUUAAAGAUUAAAUCAGAUUUAAGUACUAGUGGGAAUAAUAUGAAUGAAAAGAGAAAGAAAUUACAAAAAAUCAUUUAUGAUGAAUUAUGUGGAUUGGUUGAUUCUCAUGAAGAACCUCCAAAACCAACUAAAUUAUCAGUGAAUUCAAGUAAAACUUCAGGUCAUACUGUUACUAAAAUCAUCAAUGGUAAGAAAGUUAAAGUCACUGCUAAUAAGAACAAUGUCAAGGAAUCAUCUUAUGUGAUUAUGUUUGUCGGUUUACAAGGGUCAGGUAAAACUACUUCAUGUACAAAAUUAGCAGUAUAUUAUAAAAAGAGAGGGUUUAAAGUUGGAUUAGUUUGUGCUGAUACUUUCAGAGCUGGUGCCUUUGAUCAAUUAAAACAAAAUGCUAUAAAGGCUUCCAUACCUUAUUUUGGUUCAUAUUUAGAACAAGAUCCGGUAAAGAUUGCUAAUGAAGGGGUGGAAAAAUUUAAACAAGAAAAAUUCGAUAUUAUUAUUGUUGAUACUUCAGGUAGACAUAGACAAGAACAACAAUUGUUUAAUGAAAUGAUUCAAAUCAGUGAAAUGAUUGCUCCAAGUCAAACCAUUAUGGUUAUGGAUGGUUCGAUUGGUCAAGCGGCUGAAUCUCAAGCUAAAGCAUUUAAAGAAUCUGCCAAUUUCGGAUCAAUAAUCUUAACCAAGAUGGAUGGUCAUGCUAAAGGUGGAGGUGCUAUUUCUGCUGUGGCAAUCACUAAGACUCCUAUUAUUUUCAUUGGUACUGGUGAACAUGUUAAUGAUUUUGAAAUUUUUAAACCAUCGACUUUUAUUUCUAAAUUAUUAGGAAUUGGAGAUUUACAAGGAUUAAUUGAACAAGUUCAAUCCUUAAAUUUACAAAAUGAUGAAAAUCAUAAAAAGACAUUGGAAAAUAUUAAAGAAGGGAAAUUCACGUUACGAGAUUUUCAAAAUCAAUUAAAUAAUUUCUUAAAGAUGGGUCCAUUAACUAAUAUUGCAUCUAUGAUUCCUGGUAUGUCGAAUUUAAUGAGUCAAGUGGGUGAAGAAGAGACUUCCGAUAAAAUUAAAAAUAUGAUCUUUAUAAUGGAUUCCAUGACUCAAGAAGAAUUAGAAUCAGAUGGAAGAUUAUUUGUAAAGCAACCUUCCAGAAUCAUUAGAGUUGCUAAGGGGUCCGGUUGUCCUGCGGUUGAGAUUGAAAUGGUAUUACAACAACAUAGAAUGAUGUCCACCAUGGCUAAAUCUGCUGCUGCUGCUAAUCCUGAUGGAACUCCAAGUGGUGGUCCAGGUGGUAUGGGAGCCAAUCCUCAAAUGGCAAGAAUGAUGCAACAAGCUCAAUCGAAUCCAAAUUUCAUGCAACAAGCCAUGAGUAUGUUUGGUGGAGGAGGUGGUGCUGGUGGUCCAGGAGGUCCAGGUGGUAUGCCUGAUAUGGCCUCAUUAAUGAAUAAUCCUGGUAUGAUGCAACAAGCUCAACAAAUGAUGAGACUGAAUCCUCAAAUGAUGCAACAAGCUCAACAAAUGAUGCAAAAUCCUGGUAUGAUGCAAAAAUUAAUGAGUCAAUUUGGUGGAAUGGGAGGUGGUAUGUAAUUAUGAUGACACUCUUUUCUUGAAAUGUUUAUGUAUAUACUUUUCUACACUAUUUUUAAUGUACA